UCUCGCUCGGCUCUUUGGCUCUAGCUAGCUUUGCUAUCGAGCAGUAACUUCGCGGCAGCAGCAGCGCCGGCAGCCACGGCGAGAGCUCGGCUGCAGUUUGACCGCCGGCGAUGGAGCUGCCAUCAUCAUGCAAGGGGACCAGGCGGAGAAGAGGGGGAAGGUGAAGAAGGGGUGGCUGGCGGUGUGGGUCGGCCAGGACCAGGCGGAGGCGGACGGGUUCCGGCGGUUCGUCAUCCCCAUCGCCUACCUCUACCACCCGCAGUUCCAGCGGCUGCUGGAGGCGGCCCGGGACACGUAUGGCUACAGCUCGGCCGGCCCGCUCUGGCUGCCCUGCUCCGUCGACGACUUCCUCCGCCUGCGCGCGCUCGUCGACCGGGAGACGGCGCACUCGUCCUCGCACCGCGUGCACGUGCACGCCGGCGGACACAUGCAGCACGGCCACUCCUUCGCCCCGUGCACCCGCGCCAAAGUCACCUCCUGAUCUCGAGUUCUCAACCCACAUCGACCAUCGAGCCCGGGCCCGCCGGCUUUCGUCUGUUGAGCAGCGAGACUCCGAGAGCGCGCGAGCGGCGGGAGUUCAUCUUUCUGCCGGAGACGACGCACAUGUAUACGUAUUUCCUCCAUUCCGAAUUACUUGUCGCAGAUAUGGAUGUAUCUAGAUGUAUUUUAGUUCUAAAUACAUCCAUUUCUGUGACGAGUAAUUUGGAACGGAGGGAGUAGUACAUAGAGAGGGAGAGAGAUUCCAGAUACAGAGACGCAUGAGAGGCAGCAGUUGGUGAUUAGUCCGUUACUGGCCGGUGAGAGCUGGCAUAGCACAGGCCAAGAUUGGAAUUGCCAUUUUUGUGUUGAUUUGACAUCAGGUGGUCGUCUGCUGAAACCAAUAUGCUUUUAGAUUUUAUUUUUCUACUA